AAAUGAAUGGGAAAUGAAAGGCGACUCCAGUUUUGGCUCAAAUAUGCGCUCAAAAUGCUGUUAAUUAUGGUUUCAAUCGUUAAUUACAUCCGUUUUUGACGACAAGUCAGUGAUUAGGCGAUGAGCGAAGACGUGUCCCAACCGUUGCCAUUGAUCUGCCGACUCAAUGGACAGACAUCGGCGCCAUCGGUGGUCAGACACGGCUCCAGACGGGACACCACUGCCACGCAAAACAUGUAUAAAGUGGUGGCCAUCGAGGGCUACGGAACCGAUAACGACAAGAUCGACCUCUACUACCGAUUAGGCCAGUUCAUAGGGAAGGGAGCGUUUGGGUCGGUAUUCAUCGGAGUGUUGCCACAAUUCAACGACAGAACAGUUGCCGUCAAACAAGUUCUUCAGGACAAGAGAUACCGGAACCGAGAGCUGCCACUAAUGCGCUCAUUAAGGCAUCAGAAUGUGGUCACUCUCUUGUAUUUCUUUCUCCAAGAAGUGAAGGAUCACUCGAAUCAGAUGCUGAGAGCGUUGGCGUACAUCCACUCGAAGGGCAUUUGUCAUCGAGAUAUCAAACCCAAUAAUCUCCUCUUCGACGCCAACUCUGGUGUCCUUAAAGUCUGUGAUUUCGGAAGUGCCAAACCGUUAGUGAAGGGUCAGACCAAUGUGUCGUAUAUCUGCGCCCGUUAUUACAGAGCACCGGAACUACUGUUUGGGGCCACGGAUUACACGAAUAUGAUUGACAUCUGGUCGGUGGGCGUCGUGUUCACUGAGCUCUUGUUAGGCAAACCCCUAUUUCACGGCCAGUCGUGUAUCGAUCAGCUCGUGCUAAUCAUAAGCAAAUUGGGAACGCCUACGAAGGACCAGAUCCAGGAGCUGAACCACAACUACGUGAAGUAUGAUUUGCCGCAAAUCAAGCCCCGACCCCUUCAGUCACUGUUUCCGCCCAAAACUCCGUCCGAAGCCAUCGAUCUGAUGCUCAAGAUAUUUGAAUACAAGCCCUCAUUACGUAUCGGUGCCCUCCAUGCCUGCGCCCACUCGCUGUUCGACGAGCUCCGCGAGCCGGGCAAGAAGUGGGCGCCCGACCCGUUCGCCAAACCCCGCGAUUUGCCCCCCCUUUUCGACUUCACGGAACACGAGCUUAGUAUCGAGCCCUCCCUGAACUCCAUUUUGGUGCCCAACCACUACCAGAGACUCAUUGGCGACGGCUCUGCCACUGCCCCCCAUAUUUGACGCUUACUUUAUCGCAACGCAAACCUCACUCUUGUAUGCAAUUUAAGAGUUUAUUGCCAUUGCAAUGAAAAUCUUUAUUUAUUUAUUUGUUUUAUAUUUUUCAAUUGAGACACUAAUUUAUUAACAAAAUUGCAAAUAACUGCUCAACCAAUCAUUGUUUUGAAUAAAUGGACAUUUUCUGUGUAUAAUAUAUUUACUAAUUAAUUUGUAAUUGAAUUCUUUGCC